GCCUUAUAUAGACACACUCAGAUGCUGUCUACCCUUGCACACCUCACCCCUCUGAGCAGACACAUACAUACACACAUCACCCAAUACCCUCAUCUAUCCAUCACUAACACAACGCCAUGAGAGCCAGGAUGAGGAUGUUGCUGCUGUGCCUAGCAGCGACUCUUUGUGUGUCAAACGCUCAGACCAACAACGCCAGCAACGACAACAGGCAGCAGCAGCAGCAGCAGCAACAACAGCAGCAGCAGCAGCAGCAACAGCAGCAACAGCAGCAACAGCAGCAACGAAGCGUCUGGGAUGAGCCCAUCAAAUUCAUCACCAAGACCAAAGACUCCUGCACCAUGGUGGUCUCUGGAGUUGGGGACUACACUCGCCUGCGUGUCUCCUGUAAAGGUCAGAGCCAGGGCCAGACUGCUGGACGCUCCUACUACUGCGAUUUCCAGGGCAAACCCAACCUGUGCCGUGCAUACAACCUUAACCCUCGCCACUACUUCACCCAGAUGAUGUGGGACAUGAGGAAGCUGAGUCAUGCCUGCCAGGGACCAAAAGUCUACCGCUCACAGAUGUGCAAGAAAUACCCAGAUGAGGCCCAGAUGACCUUCCUGGCUUCCUGGCCCAAGACCACCGCCCCCAAGCCAUCUAAGCCGGUCCAGGAGCCACGUAAACCUGUGGUGCCAGCCCAGACAAAGCCUGCCACUACUCCUAAACCUGUCAAGCCACAGCCCGUCAAGCCCCAGCCAGGCAAGGGCCCCCAGUCCAAGAAGACCACCCCUAAGCCUGGGAAGACCACUACUCGUCCCACAGAGCAGACUGAUUCCAAAGCAUCCCGCAUGGCCAACGAGUACUGCUGGAAGAGCUUCCAGGGCGUCUGCACCUACUUCAUCAGCUGGUUCCAAAACUGA